AUGGCAGAAUUCUCUGCCAACAACCAGAUUUCCACAUCCAUCAAAGCUACACCAUUCUUCACGAACUAUGGCUUCCACCCCCAGUUUACAGUGAUGAUUAAACCACUUGACAGGACCCCACCGAGCGUCAACACUAAGGACUUCACUUCGAAGAUGAAAGAGCUCAACGAACACCUACGUUCCAAUAUCCGCACGGCGCAAUACCCACAAGAACAAGCCGUGAAUACCAAACGAAUGCUGGCACCGCGCUACGAUGUCGGCGAUAUGGUGUUUGUUUCAGCAAAAAAUAUCCGAAACACCCGUAACUCUCGAAAGUUAGACUGGAAGAAGCUGGGACCGUUCCCCGUCAAAGAAAUCAUAUCGCCAUAUGCGUACCGAAUCGACCUAUCUAGGAGCAUGAAAAUGCACCCCGUCUUCCAUGUAUCGCUGCUAGACUCCGCUGCAAAUGAUCUCGUCCCCGGGCAAAUCCAACCACCACCCCCACCUAUCAUCGUUGAACAGGAAUAG